AUGAGCUCUGCUGUGGCUUCGGCCUUGCACGGCUUGGUCGGGCCUCUGGUUGGACUGAACAGGAGGCUGGUUGUUUGCGAGCCUUGUGCUGGAAUAAGUGCCUGGAAAGCCAUAUGUCGCAGCGUCGGAUUAGUUUGGUCCCCCGAGGAUUGCUACGAGUUUGAUGCAGCUUUAGGUGCCUUUUGGAGGAAGCAUUUGGGAACACGUGCCCAGUCCAUGCAUCUGGACAAAGCUGGUGACAUCAACUUCAUAAAUUGCAAUGAUCUUGAGAGUGACGUCGAGGUGCUGGUGGCAGGACCACCAUGUCAGCCUUGGAGUCCCAGUGGCAAGCGAGGGGGUGAAUACGACGACAGGAGUUUGGUUUAUUUGCAGGUGAUCAGCAUGAUCGUGCAUUAUGCACACAAAGGCUCCUUGUUGUUUUUCCUCGUGGAAAAUUCAUCAUUGCUGGCCAAGAUUGCUUUCUUAAGGGAUGUCAUGCAAUACUUGUCGGUGGCCACUCCGUGGUUUGUUGUGGAUUAUGUCCAGCAGGACCUCCAGGCUGUGUUCCCCCAUUCCAGGUCCAGGGUGUGGUUGCGUGGACUUCGCCGAGAUUUUUGCAAAGAGAACAUAAUCCCGCAACCCGUGCGGGAUCCGUGGAAGCUGGCAGGCUGUCCCAAGCCCACCUUGAGGUCCUUGUUGAUGCAAGGCAUUGGCAACACGGAUCCCGGUUUGCUGUCUGCAAAGCAGCAGCACAAUCUGGAACAGUACAAAGGUUUCGUCAAGCGAGAUUUGCUUGACGGCCACUGCUUUGAGCUUGCGGUCCUGGAAGUCGACAGAGCACCUGGCACCCUGUACGGUUCUCGAUAUUAUCGGGACAUUUGCCCGGCUUUGCGAAGUGCAGGUGGUAGCCGGUAG